AUGGCCAAUCUCGAAGCCCGCAAGCAUAUUUCCGCCGAUUCGGGAUUCCCCAUUACACUCCAUCCUCAUUUCAACGAGAAGAUCAAGAAUCAUGUGCCUCCAGAACCACCCCGUGAGCCAUUUACCCCGCCCAAAGACCGAGCAUUCUUUGCAGAUCCGGAGAAGAAGGCACUAUUCUCUGUGGCGAAGCCGGUUGACUUGACUGAGUCUAUUGGAACUGUCCUCGAGGAUGUGCAAUUGUCUCAGCUGAAUGAGACUCAGCUGGAUGAAUUGGCGCUUCUCGUUAAUGAGCGGGGAGUUGUCUUCUUUCGGGAUCAGGAUCUUACUACUGAGCGCCAGGUAGAACUGUUUCAGCAUUAUGGUAUCUUGGAUAAACACCCUGCUCAAAAGGAUCAAAAAUUCGUGAAUAUCAAAGGUAGCCGCGAGGAUCACCGUGAAAUCCUAAGCUACACGCCUUGGCCGAGUGGAGAUUUCCACGCUGAUACAUCAUUCGAGAUCAAUCCACCUACCUACUCCCUACUGAGAAUGGAAGAACAUCCCGAAGUUGGUGGCGACACAGCUUGGGUAUCUCAAUAUGGCUUAUACGAUGCCCUAAGCAACGCGUACAAAAGGUUCCUAGAUGGCCUUCACGCCGUGCAUACCUCAAGGCUGCAGUAUGAUACCAUCAUCGAUCUAUGGGGUGCAGGUCCCAAUCGCCCUCCAAUCGAUACACACCACCCAGCCGUGCGCACGCACCCAGUCACUAAGCUGAAGGCAUUGAACGUCAAUCCUGGAUUUGUGACUGGAUUUGCUGAGCUUAAGAAAGUGGAAUCCGACAAGGUUCUUGAUUUCUUGGCAUAUCAUAUCCACUCGGCCGAUGAUCACUCUGUUCGUUGGAAAUGGGCUGUUGGCAGUGUUGCAAUGUGGGAUAAUCGGUGUACCCUUCAUCGGGUUAUCCCUGGUACAUACAAAGGAGCUAGACAAGGUAUCCGGACCACCGUUUUUGGUGAAAUACCCUAUCUUGAUCCCACUAGUGAGAGCCGUGCAGAGCGGAAAUUACGCGAGGAAAGCCAGAAUGGUGAGGGUGUUCUCGCAGUUUGA